AUGCCUCGGUUCGGAAUGGUGGGCGUGGUAGGGGAUCCAAUGUCUGGAGACAUACUGGGCAAACUGUUCGGCGACAAGAGGGAGCGAGAUUGCUCCUGGAAGCCCCACCGCCACGUCAGUUUCAGGAACGAAACCGAGCGGACUUCCCUCCUUCGGCGGCAGGCAGAAACAAUUCGGGAGGAAGAAGAAGACGAGGCCAGGCCCAGCCGUCUGCUCCUAGUCCAAGAGUCCCUAGGGAUGGCUGUCUGGUUGGGCUCAAGAGGGCAGCCCAUGAUUCAAGUGCUGGGCCGAGUAGAAGGCCUUGUUUCAACAACCAAGAAAUUGCAAGGUCAGCUGACAAUGGGCCUCUAA